CGAUCAUAAAUCAUCGAGAGGGUUUAAUUUAGAACUUCAACUAGAAAGUUAGGCCUGAAUUUCAUGUGUUCUGUUUUGGUGUUUAUUUUAUGUUUUGUUGCGAAACGUUUUAGGACGAAGUAAGUAGGUCGUUUUUUGAUUGAUCCGUGAAGAUGGGGAAAGAGAAGCCAGGCUUCCUCAGUCCAAAGGCGAUUGGUAAUCGGAUUAAGGCAAAAGGCCUGCAAAAGCUGAGAUGGUACUGCCAGAUGUGUCAGAAGCAGUGUAGAGAUGAGAAUGGAUUUAAAUGCCACACGACAUCUGAAACGCACCAGAGGCAGCUGCUGCUUGUUGCCGAGGACACUGACCAGUUCAUAGACACAUUUUCUAAGGAGUUUGCUGACAAUUUUGUGGAGUUGCUUAGCCGGCGGUUCGGUACGAAGCGUGUGAGUGCGAACAAUAUAUAUCAGGAGUACAUCAGUGAUCGCGACCACCUGCACAUGAACUCCACGCAGUGGGAGACUCUCACCGACUUUGUCAAGUGGCUCGGACGUGAAGGCCACUGCAACGUCGACCACACAGAGAAGGGAUGGUUCAUCACGUGGAUCGACCGCGACCCGGAGACGAUUCGCCGGCAGGAGCAGCUCGCCGCGAAGAGGAAGAUGGACAUGGACGACGAGGAACGCAUGUCAAGGUUCAUCCAGAAGCAAGUUGAGAGAGUCCAGGAGCAGAAGAAGCACAGUGCGGAAGAGGAGGUGGAGCACACGGAGCUGAAACGACAGAGCGAGGAGGAGAAGGUUGUGUUUAAACUCCCGGCUUCCUUAUCCGGCGGCGGCAAGCCGCGUGAGCCGACCGACGAGCCAUCAUUGCCACCUGAGAAUCCCCUCACGUCGACCAGGCAGAAGCCGCUGACUGCUGAGAGCAGCGGCAAGGCAAGGAGCAAACCCAAGGAGGCUGCCGCGGCUCAGAAACGCAAGUCGGCUCUCGAUGAGAUCAUGGAGUUUGAAGAGCAGUCAAAGGAGAAGAUGAAUCGAAAGUCGUACUGGCUGACAGAGGGUAUCGUCGUCAAGAUCAUCACAAGGAAGUUGGGCGAGAAAUACUACAAGAAGAAGGCGGUGGUUAGAGAGGUGGUGGAGCAGUUCGGAGCAGUCGUGAAGAUGCUGGAUACCGACCACAAGCUGAAGGUUGACCAAACACACCUGGAGACAGUUAUUCCAGCUCACGGUAAGGCUGUGCGCAUCGUUAACGGCGCUUACCGUGGCUGCGACGCCGUCCUACUAGAACUCGACGAGAAGAACUUCUGCUGCAAGGUUCGGGUCGAGCGCGGGCCCGUGAAGGGACGAGUCAUCGACCGCGUCGCAUACGAAGAUCUCAGCAAGGUUGCCGUGCCAACGUGACGCAGACUCGGCCGCGCCCAGUUUCUCACGUUAUAUCGCGAGUCAGUCAGUCUGUAAAUAUCCACUAGCGUAGAAAGAGAAGAGGGAGGGAGGGUAGGAGAGAAAGAGCAACUGUGGGGGGAGCAAGAUGUGAGAGCGAGAGGGUUGGCGAGAAAGAGCAACUGUGGGGGGGAGCAAGAUGUGAGAGCGAGAGGGGGGAGGGUUGGCGAGAAAGAGCAACUGUGGGAGGGAGCAAGAUGUGAGAGCGAGAGAGGGGAGGGUUGGCGAGAAAGAGCAACUGUGGGAGGGAGCAAGAUGUGAGAGCGAGAGAGGGGGAGGGUUGGCGAGAAAGAGCAACUGUGGGGGGAGCAAGAUGGGAGAGCGAGAGAGGGGAGGGUUGGCGAGAAAGAGCAACUGUGGGGGGAGCAAGAUGUGAGAGCGAGAGAGGGGGAGGGUUGGUGAGAAAGAGCAACUGUGGAAGGGAGCAAGAUGUGAGAGC